AUGUUGGACGAAAUGCAACAAUUGGGUCUUCCUACUAGCUUUGGUUGUCCACAUAAACAAAAGUCAGUGAAUCCGAAGUCUGCAAAGUCUGAAGAUAUUUUAUUCGAUUGCUGUGACGAUGAGGAAGUGGACCAAUGGUUGCUAGUAUUUGCGAGCCGAUGUAAAGAUAAUACUGCACAAAGAAAACAGAGGAGUAUUGUGCGUCAUUGUCUGUCAGAUCUUGAUCUUGAAUCUGUUCGGUAUUCUGGAUCAUUAUUUAUGAGUUCAUCUGGAGAAUUAAAAAGUUUGAUCGAUCCAUACAUUUGUGCAGGUUCAGUUUUUUCAAGAAUGUGUUAUGUACUGGAGAUGGUUUGUGUGUUUACCAGUGAACAUAAUGGCAAUAAUAGUUAUCGCGUACUCAACUCAUGGGAACUGAAUCUGCCUCGUUGCUGGAAUUCGCCAACAUUCAACUUAGAGGCCCUUUUAUACAACUGUCGCUUCUUUUGGCGUUAUAAUCCACCUGUACCUAAAUUAGCAUGUGAGUCCAAACAGCUGAUGUGCAUUACCUUUGACCCUUCAAUGGAUAAAUAUUGGGCUCAGAGAUUUCGUCUAUUCUCUCGUUUUGAUUCUGGGAUUCAGGUCGAUUGUGAUUCAUUAUUCAGUGCUACUCCUGAAGUAAUUGCUGCUCACCAGGCCAAACGUAUAUAUCGAGUUUUUACGCCUUGGACAAAAGGAAGUUACACAGUCUUGGAUAUUUUCUGUGGUACUGGAUCAAAUGCUAUACAAUUCGCGUUACGUGGAUUUCGAGUGAUUGCGAUUGAAUCCGAUCCAAUUCGUAUUUCAAUGGCUGCAAAUAAUGCGGAAAUUUAUGGCGUUCGCCAUCUUAUUGAAUUUGUUUGUGAAGAUUAUUUUACUUGGGCAUGGAAGCAGAUUCAGUCAAAUUUCGUUUCUCAAUCUGGUUUGACCAACAAGGUUGGAUAUACUGCUGCUCUAAUGUCACCACCAUGGGGCGGACCUAGUUAUUUAGAAUAUGAAAGUUUUAACUUAUCAAGUAUAAAAUUUCAAAAUUCCAACACAAAUUUAUGGUGUGCUUUGUAUUUAGCUCUGGUGCUGACCAAUGGGAAUGUAGCGUUGUUUUUGCCUCGUAAUACAAAUAUGGCAGAUUUUCUGGAAAUUUCAGCCAAAUGUAUUAGAGAAAUUAAAAUGGAUUCGUUAGACAUUGAAUUCGAAUUGAACUUGAUUAAUUUCAAAAGCAAAGCUUUGACUGUUUAUUUUGGUACCUUGGCAAAUGCUAACAGAAGGACAACAGAUACAAAAUCUGAUCAUUCAGACGAAUCAGAUUACCUUAGUUAA